AUGCGGGGCCCCCUCACCUUGUACAGUGAGACUUCUUCUCAUGAUGUGACCGGCUUGGUGACCCUCAGCACCGUCCUCCAGGACCAGGUCAAUUCUGCCCUGACCUAUGAUAUGUCCCCGGGGGUCCAGCUCUGGCCACCCCUCACACUGCACAAGGAUUGGGGCAACUGGAGCCCAACCACUGGCCAGGAGCCCAUCUGCCCCAAGGACCAGCUGCAUGGGACAAUGGGGGCCCCAAAGCUGACCAGAGAGGGCAGGAAGAUGAAGAAAAUAAAGAAGAAAAACUACCAACGUCAUUCCAAACCACCGUACUCCUACCUGGCCAUGAUCGCCCUGGUCCUCCAGAACUCCCCCGACAAGAUGUUGAAACUCUCUCAGAUUCUGAAACACAUCGAAAUUCUCUUCCCGUUCUUCAGACGAGAUUACAUUGGAUGGAAGGACUCCGUCCGCCACAACCUCUCCUCCAAUGACUGCUUCCGGAAGGUGCUGAAGGACCCGGGGAAACCUCAGGCCAAGGGGAACUUUUGGACGGUGGAUGUGACGAGAAUCCCUCUGGAUGCCUUGAAGCUGCAGAACACGAUGAUGGCGCGAGGUGGAACCACCUAUUUCAUCCAGGACCUGUCCCCCUACAUCCUACACAACCACAAAUAUGGUGCCGGCGGAGAGCCAACCAGGACCUUCUCUCCUCCCGGCUCCCUGCCCUCCGGGGAUGAGUCCCAGCAAAGCAAACUCAACACGUCCUUCAUGAUCGAAUCUUUACUCCAAGACCUGCAGGAUGUGGACUUGGCAGACGUCUCCAAGUCUACGGAGAGCAGAAGAAGUCAUUCCCAAUCCUUGGCCGGGAACAUUUGGCCGGUGAACCCUCUUGGCUGUAACUCCAACUCCCGCUUGUUCCAGCGCUCCAGCAGUCCCAACGUUUCAGCUAGUCAGUCCCUGUACUCGUCCUCCUGUGCCAGUCUUUCCACCAUUUCCCCUCGUAGUUCUGAUGAAGAUUCCGGUACAAACAUCGCUGGAACUUCUCCUCAGAGGUCCCGUCAUUCCACCAAGCGGCCAAGAGAGGAGGAUGAUGACCCCCGAAGUGUCUCCUCUUCAGACUCUGAUGCAGAGAGACGUUCCCCACGGGAGCCUCCUGCUAAGGUGCCUGUUCUGGCCUCCGACUUGCCCACUUCCUACACAAAGUGUAUUCCGCCCAAUGUGGUGGCUCCACCCACUGCUCUUCCUUUCUUCCCCUUUUCCCAGUUUGGUUAUUACAACUAUGGAUCCUCCCCCUACAUGAGCCCAACCUACUGGGGACUGGUACCACAGCCGGGGAGCAGUCAUCCGGAGCCGCCAUGUCCGCCCGCGCCUUCGCUGGAUCUCGAUAAUAUGCUGAGGGCCGUGCCACCCAACAAAAGUGUAUUUGAUGUGAUGACCAGUCACCCCGGAGAUGUUGUCCACCCGGCAUUCUUCACUCAGUACCUGACCCGCUCCGGCGGGCCGUGCCCCGGGCAGAGGCUGGUAUAG